AUGUCAGUUUUUCAGUGCAUAAUCAAGUUUCAGCCUGUAAAUGUUAUAGGUGGAGGAGCUAUGCAUCGCCAAAGUCGAGCCAUAUUUGGAGGUGGUGGUGAAGGGAUAGGGGGAAGAGAGGGGAGAGAGGUAGGUGCAGUAGGUGGCAGAAGUUGGGCGUGGAAGUUGUUUAGUUGGCCAGUCUUGUCCAUCGCAAUAUACAUAUUUUUCUUUUUCUUGAGUGUAGACUUUGUUGAUUUGAAUGAACGCCUUCCGAGUGAACACCCUACUAAGAAAUCAGUUAAGGCACUAUUCCUCAUGUCCGAAACAUUGACCGGUGUGGGGUACGGUGACAUUGUCCCCAACACUGAGCGGGCCAAGUUUUCUCAAACGAUUUGGUUUUGUGGUGUGAGUGAGGACAUUUUCAGGGUAGUGAUGGCAAUAGCGGCACCUGCUGUGUGUGUGGGAGUAGGCUGUGUUGGGUUUCACUUGUUGGAGAAGCUGAGUUGGGAGGAUGCUUUGUAUUUGUCAGUUGUUUCUGCGACCACUGUUGGCUACGGUGAAAUUCCGGUAAAGACAGCAAGCACUAAGGGAAGCAGUUUGUGUAGAUGGAAUCAGUCUAGUGCUUUCGAGUCGUUAUGUGUUAUGUUAUAUCGAGUUCUUCUCAUGUAA